AACAGCUGUGGUCACAUACACUGUCGCCCUGCCACAGGUAUGAUGGUUAACAUGUGGGAACUCGUCAACACGUUACUCAUCCUCCUCCUCGUCACCGUCACUACACAGACUACGACCAAAGCCUCGGGGUCGGCAGGAGUACGUACACCUCACCGCCCUUCAGGAAAGACCUUCUCACGGUUUACUAUUGAUGACCUACACGUCCUGAAGCAGAGGGUGGAAGAGGAAGGUGCUAUACAACACACAGAAGGAUUUCCGAGCUCCUUCCUGAGGCAGCAGGAAGCAGCAGUAGCAGCAGGUAACGACACAAGCCACCAAGACGUCCGCCUCCUGCUGAGAGCGUCUGCCCUAUACCUCAAGAGGAAAGAGGAACGGAAGGAAGAGGAGGAAGAAGCACUUGGGAGCUUACUGAGCGCCAUCAUCACGAAGGAACUUAAGGAGUGUUCCCUGGUAGUGAUCACAGACACAGUUUAUUAUGAUUCCCUCGCUCUCUCACUCCUCACCCGCCCCAACUUGAAGCAGGUAGUAAGAUUGGUUGAGUGGCACGACCUGGUAGAUGUGUCGUGGUGGUGGUCGUCUUCGGCUGGGUGUCAUGGCAACCUCUUCCUCCUCCACGACCUCUCCCCCCUCCUCACCUUCCUCGCCUCCCCCUCCACCCACCUCACCUGGGAUUUCUCCGCCAGGUACAUUUUAUUGAGUCCGUCCAAACACCAAUUGAAAAAUGUGACACUGUCUAAAAUCGGACAGAAGACUAAACACAUCCUUGGCGUGAUACAGACAGGUGGUCCAGGAGAAUGGGAGGUGUACAUGAACCAGCUAUAUUAUGGUCCGGAGUUGAAACACGUAACAACCUGGCGACGCAACACCUUCACACGGCAGGUAGUGCUCUUCCCAGAUAAGCUCGCUGAUUUCCAAGGUGCCGUCCUCAAGGUGGUGACCUUCUCGUUCGCACCGCACAUGGUGGUCGGGGGAGAGGGAGGACCAGCGAGGUACGGCCGAGACUUCCAGCUGGUCACCGCCUUAGCCAAGGUCCUCAACUUCUCCCUCAGCUUCACUCAGCCCCCAGGAGGAGAACUGUGGGGGAGGAAGCUGGACAACGGGACAUGGACGGGCGUGGUGGGGUCGCUGGAGAGGGACGAGGCUCACCUGGGCGUGGCCAACAUCUUCCUCUCGGACAAUGACAACAGGCGGAUCGUCCAGGACUUCACGACCUUCUACGACUCAAGUGUGAACUGCUUCAUGGCUCGGACUCCCCCACCACUGCCCAGGUGGCAGAGUCUGGCAUUCCCCUUCACCCUACACACCUGGCUCGCCAUCCUGGCCAGCUUAACCCUCGUCGCACCCGCUCUUUAUCUUCUGGCCUCCAGCAGAGGAGGAGAGGAGGAAAUCAUGAGCCUCCUGACGAUGGGUUCGUCGACUCUCUACACCUGGGGGAUACACCUCAGAGUCUCCCAGGUGAGGGUGCCCAAAGGCACGGCCACACAGCUGCUGGUGCUGACGCUGUGGGUGUAUGCCAUCAUCCUCACUACAGGAUAUUGUAGCAACCUGACGGCGUUCCUGACGGUGGUGAGGGCACCCCCGUCCAUUGACUCCAUCAGAGAGUUACACGCCUCUGACCUGAAGAUCUUGGGUAUAGGAACCUUCAUUAAGCUCUCCAUGGCCAUCUCCGAGAACCCUAACAUCAAGGGACUGACGGAGAGGUUUGAGCCACACACGAGCAUCGAGGAGGCGGUAUUGGAGGUGCAGAAGGGGGUCGGUGUGUUUAUAGAGAGCAAAAAGUUCCUGGAGUACAUCAUAGCCACCAAGUUCACCACCCGCGGCCACGCCUCCAUGAGGAUCAUCAAGGAAUACUUCGCGCCCUACAACGUGGCGGUGGCCUUACAGAAGAACUCCCCACUGAAGCAGAACCUCGACCGGGUAAUUAGGUGGGCCUUCGAGGGUGGCCUGGUGACUCGUUGGUUCAUAGAUUCCAACAACCUGGCCAGGAAGCUCCAGAGAGAAAACACGGGUGAGGAGGAAAACUUAGAUAAAGUGGAGGACUCCGUCAUCCCCCUGAGCCUUGAUCACCUGCAGGGAAUCUUCUUCAUCCUUUGUCUCUGCCUCUGGGUCUCCUUCAUCGUCUUCCUGGUCGAGAUGGGCUGUGGCAGGAGGUCUCCACGGUCACCCCCAAGAUACAAGACUACACCUUCAGAAUGAUGUGACAAGUUGUGACACACAGGACUUCUCUCUCACUGUGAUGUGGCAAAACCUUUAUCCAGACAGCGUGGUUGGACAUCAAACUUCACAUUUCCUGUACACAUUGAUUACUGCACACGUAUACAUCCUACCUGGAUGAUCCUUUAACAUAUUAUACAUCAAUCAGCGUACACUGCACACCUUCACCGAACACCUGCUGCACACGAACUAACUUACUGUCCAAACAAGUGUACUAAAAUGAAGCAUAAAUGUUCUUUCUUUGCAUUCAUAAACACCGUAAAUAUA